AUGGUGCACAAACAACGCGAGCAACAGGACGACAGCAGAGAGACAGCGCUAGAUUCGAGAGCAGCUCGUGAGCCCCGAUGUACUCCCCUGGCCGAGCUGCAGCCCUUAGACGCAGCGCUAUGUCGGGAGAGGCCUAGUAAGGAGGAGCUACAGGUGGAGAUGAAGGGAUAUGCCUGCUUGCGAGAAAACUUCCGCGACCUCCAGCAGAUAGUGCAUUCUUACAUUCAUGGAGUACAUUCCUUCUCCGUGCAUCCAACAGCGUUGGUUCCAAAGUACUCCGUACGUACUGAGUACGGUCAGGGGCCUGCCUCGCCAUCAGAUACCGCCGUCAGAUAUCGCCAUCACGUCAAGGCGUCCCCGACGACAUCGGCGACAAGGGAGAAAGAAAAAGCAAAAAGGGGUGAUUUGAGUUCACACGGCGCCCUCGAGAGCGCUGUGGAAGGUCGCUGGGAAUUGCGUGCAACGGCAGCAGCGCCGGCUUCACUGGCUUCGUUCGCAUUGGCGUAUAUUGGCGUUAUGGGCUUCAUUGGAAGCUGGUCGCUCCACCUGAGGACGCAAGUCCGUGAAUGCGCCGUUGAUCAUGGACAAAUGAGCAAGUCUCUUCCAGCGGCCCGGGAGCUGCGCCAGUUCGUAUUCCUGGACCGUCAAGGGCCUAUCCUGGUCCGAUAUCAGAAACAUACGAUGCCCUUAGGCUGA